GCGAGCAGGCGGUGAGGAGGCGGGGUUAGCAGCGGCUGGUAGAUCCCCUGUAGCCUCCACCGCCCGUCGCCUUCAUUUACACACACAUCUGCGGAGGGGGCACUUCACCUGUCGCACUCACAAGCUACAAACAUGCCAAGUCAGGUGAAGGCAGCGACUGAAGAAGAGGAGGUCACCACCUAUCAUCCUGCAGAACUCCUGCGAGAACAUGCCCACGUCCCAGACUUCAGAACUUACAGAGAUCUGUAUGAGAAGUCCAUCCAGCAUCCUCAAGAAUUCUGGAUGGACGUGGCCAAGGAAUUCUAUUGGAAAUCUCCCCCCACCGGCAAAGUCCUGGACUAUAAUUUUGAUAUCACCAAAGGCAAAAUCUUUGUGGACUUCAUGAAAGGGGCCAAGACCAACGUGUGCUACAAUGUUGUGGACAGGAACGUCCUGGAGAAGAACCUUGGGGAUAAGACGGCGUAUUUCUGGGAAGGCAAUUCACCCUCUGAUUCUGCAGUGAUUUCCUAUGCCGAAUUACUCAAGCAAGUUUGCAAGUUGGCAAAUACCUUGAAGGAAUUAGGUGUGAAGAAAGGAGAUAGGGUGGCCAUCUAUUUGCCAAUGAUCCCAGAGCUAGUAUAUUCCAUGCUGGCAUGUGCAAGGAUUGGUGCCGUUCAUUCUAUAGUGUUUGCAGGAUUUUCCUCAGAUUCACUUUGUGAAAGAAUCUUGGACUCGCAGUGUGCACUCCUGAUUACUGCAGAUGGUGUGUUCAGAGGAGAAAAACUCAUCAACUUGAAGCAUAUUGCAGAUGAGGCUAUACAGAAAUGCCUGGAAAAGACGCACACUGUGAAGAACUGCAUUGUGGUGAGGCACCUGAGCGGGAGGCUCAACAACCAAAACAAGUCAAAACUUCAGAUUGCCUGGAAUCCAGAUACUGACAGGUGGCUGGACGAGCUAAUGGUGGAGGCGGCUGAGGAGUGUGAACCUGAGUGGCUGGACGCAGAAGAGCCCCUGUUUAUCCUUUAUACAAGUGGCUCCACUGGAAAGCCAAAGGGUGUUUUGCACACAGUUGCAGGAUAUCUGCUGUACACUGCUCUGACAUUCAAGUACGUCUUUGACUACCAUGAAGAUGACAUUUACUGGUGCACAGCUGACAUCGGUUGGAUCACCGGUCAUUCUUACAUUACCUACGGUCCACUAGCUAAUGGCGCCACCAGUGUGAUGUUUGAAGGUAUUCCUACCUAUCCACAUGUGGGAAAAUUUUGGCAAAUCAUUGAGAAGUACAAGGUGAACCAGUUUUAUACUGCACCCACUGCCAUACGCUUACUGAUGAAAUAUGGAAAUGAUGUCAUUCAAAAGUAUGAUCUGAAUUCUUUGAAAAUUCUGGGGACUGUAGGAGAGCCUAUAAAUGCAGAAGCAUGGUUAUGGUACUAUAAUGUUAUCGGUAAUCAGAGAUGUCCCAUUGUUGACACUUUUUGGCAGACAGAAACAGGAGGUCAUGUUAUAACCCCUUUACCAGCAGCUACACCUCUGAAACCAGGAUCUGCUACUUUCCCGUUCUUUGGAGUGGUACCCGCAGUACUGAAUGAGCAUGGAGAGGAGCUGGAAGGGGAAGCUGAGGGCUACUUGGUCUUCAAGCAGCCAUGGCCAUCUAUAAUGAGGACUGUGUAUGGCGACCAGGAACGGUUUGAAAGCACAUAUUUCAGAAAGUUCCCUGGGUAUUAUGUUGCUGGAGAUGGAUGCAGGAGAGAUAAGGAUGGAUACAUCUGGAUUACAGGACGCAUUGAUGACAUGCUGAAUGUUUCAGGUCACCUGCUGAGCACAGCUGAGGUGGAGUCAGCCCUGGCGGAGCACCCGGCAGUAGCCGAGGCAGCAGUGGUAAGCCGGCCGCACACCGUGAAAGGAGAAUGUCUUUACUGCUUUGUAAUCUUAAAAGAUGGGAAGAAAUUUACAGAACUGGUUACAGAAGAACUUAAAAAACGAGUUCGGGAGAAAAUUGGGCCAAUAGCGACUCCUGAUUUUAUACAGAAUGCUCCAGGAUUGCCAAAGACACGAUCAGGCAAGAUAAUGCGGCGAGUACUGCGACAGAUUGCGCGGAAUGAGAAGGAUUUGGGAGAUAUAUCUACUCUUGCUGACCCCAGUAUAGUUGAAGUCUUAUUCAGCCAGCGAUGUGAAGCAGCAGCCUGAAGGAUCUUCAGCACAAUCUUCUGUAAAGCAGUCCUUUUUUAUUGAUGUUUUUUAUGGAUUUAAAUCAGUUUAUAGUUUCAAUAUUUAAAAUAUAUCACUGGACAUCAGGAUCCGUCCAUGAGGAAAUCCUCUUCAAGCCAUGAUGUCAUUGGAAUCGGCCCACUGCUUGGGAUGACAUCAUGGCCUUACUUGGUGAACUGCUGUCUGGAUUAGAUACCGACUUAAUUCGCUUUAAUAAUCUAAAUAUAUUAUCAUUCAAAAACCUAAUGUAUAACGCCACAGUGAUUUCUCGAGACAAUAAUUCAGGCAGUUACAAACGCUCACCAAUGAAUACGGAUUGUAGGUUGUAAUGUAUGAAAUGCCUCAAAAUUGCUUCAUUAAAUGUGAAUGUAAAAUGCUAGCAAUACUUGUUAUGUUGCUUAGCGUACGUUGUGUGAUUUGUGUACCUGACAAUAAAAUCUAUUAUGCUGUCAGGUCCGUACAGGUAAUACCAGGCCCAGCAUGCAUCCAACAAUACCACAGCUCUUUGACCCUAGCUCUUUUCUGGCAGGCAAUGUCCUGUGUGUAUUUUAACAAAUGAUACCACAGGCUAAGGUAACGCUCCCAGCCCCCAUACACAUGCAUGCUCAGCUGAGCAUGCAUGUGUUGUGAAUGGGAGUGAAGAGAGAUGAUGUCAGACACCUCUGUUGGCAGCUUAUCUCCCCAUAAACAAAAGGAUCAAGUGUGUUGAAGUCCAACAUGCCCAACCCUUCUCUCCCUUGACAUCUGUCAUUGGGAGAGAGUCAGGAGGCCGACGUACACAUUAGAUGGUCGAACAAUGCAGAUGAAAUUGGUAGGCUUGGCCAACAUACAUCUAAUUUGUAUUUCCAGCUUAAAGGCACUAUUGGAUUGUGAGGGUCCUACAGCUGGGACCCUGACCGAUCACAAGAACUAGGGCUCCGUACCCCCUGCAGCCCACUGAAAUAAAUUAAGUGGUCGGGCAUGUGCAUGGCUGCUCCAUUCAUUUCUAUGGGAGUUCCAGAGAUGGCCUAGUACAGCGCUGAGCCAUCUCAGGAAAUCCCAUAGAAAUUAAUGGAGCAACUGCACACAUGCCAGACCGUGAUCGUUGAGGGUCCCAGCGGUAGGACCCUCACCAAUCUAAUACGUAAUGUAACUGGAAUACCCCUUUAAGGGUAAGUUGGAUGGAUUUAUUGCAGAAGGAUCUGCAACCAUCUCGUCCAUCUGAAUGAGGCUGGCAAAAAUCCAUGCCCAAACUGCAGAAAGAACUCUAUUCACGUGUAUGAAAUGACAUUUCCAAUCGCAGAAAUUUCUGCAACAAAU